AUGAAACCAACAGUGACUUAUUUAAAAGCAACUUUUUGUAUUGAUACAUAUGUUGCAUUCAAUCGAGGAUUUAUUGAAACACCAAAUUAUUCAAAUUCAUAUCAAUAUGCUGUGCAACAAUGUCCAUUAAGUAUUUAUUUACCACAUACUUCCGACGGUAAACAACUUUCGAUAUAUCUUUAUAUUAUUGAUUUAUCAAUAUAUGACACAUCGACAAUAGAUUCAACAUCUACAAUUGAAUGUUAUGAUUCAAUUAUUUAUCGUGAUAGAAAAAUCACAAGGUCAUUAUGUGGAAAUAUUGAUCAACCUAUAUUCGAAUAUCAAACAGAUGAAGAUGAACUUGAAUUAAUAUUGAAAAUAACAGAAUUAUUACCUUCAAAUAUGUCAAGUAAUUGGCAUAGUGCAAGAUUUUUUUAUCUAAUUGGAAAUCAAUCACUACUAACUUCACCAACAAUUCUAACAACACAAGAAACAACAACGAAAAAACCUUUUGGAAAUACUACAAUUAAACAUUCUAAUCAUAAACCUAUGAUUGCCGGUAUUCCAAGUGGUGUUAUAGUUGUAUUAUUAUGCAUAAUUGGUUUUAUAUUUUAUCGUCGUCGUUUACGUUCGAGAGGAAUGGAAGGAUCAAAAAUAGUAUAUAGACGAAAUAUAGAUGCAAUUAAUGGUGAUAUAAGUAAUGGAUCUAAUAAAAAUUGUAGUAGUAUUCCACCUGAUCCAAUGAGAGCUAAAACAUAUCAUGAACAAAUCCAAAUAAAAGAUGGUUCAUUAGGAAAUAGUUAUGAAAAGAUAUUUAAUCGAUUCUUAGAUGAAACUGUUACACAAAUUACUAUUCAAGAUCCAUAUAUACGAGCUUUUCAUCAAAUCAGUAAUUUUUUACGUUUUUGUGAAGUUAUUAUUAAAUCACCAGCAAACAUAAAACGAAUUGAUUUAAUUACGAGUUUUGAAACGAAUGAACCAGCAAAACAAGCACAAAUUGAACAAUUAAAUCAAUUUAAAGAACAUCUUGAAAAAAAAUAUUCAAUUGAACUUACUAUCCAAUAUUUAUCUGGAUUACAUGAUAGAGAAAUCAAGUUAAGUAAUGGAUGGAUAAUUAAAAUUGGUCGAGGACUUGACUUUUACAAACCACCAGAAUCUAAAUUAUCUAUUGGAUAUUAUGAUCUCGAUCUUCGCCCAUGUCAUCAAACAACUAUUGAUAUAUUCCAUGCUGGAAGAGUUCAGCCAUCAUCAUAA